AUGAAGCGUGUUAAUGUAGCCCCAACCAACAGAGCACCAGCCACCGUCGCCAAAGGUGGAAAUGGAAACAAUAUGCUCCGUUAUUACUCUGAAGAUGCUAUCGGUUUGAAGGUCGGACCACAAGCUGUUCUCAUUGCAAGUUUAUCAUUCAUCGGUUUUGUUAUCCUUUUACACAUCUGGGUUUAUAAACAAAACAUGUCAAAAGAAUCAAAGAGAAUAUUAAAUUUACCUGAUAUAGAUCCAACACAACCAGAUAGUUUUGAAACACCAGAUGUACCUGAAGCUGCUACUAUUGUAGUUGACGAACCAGAGUUGGUAAAUGAAAAUAUUGAAAGAGUAUCGUUGGUACCAUCGAAAGCAUUUGCAAAGUUUGCCAAUAAAAAGUUAACAAAUGACGGUGAAGACUUCUCGGAUUCAAUCUAUAAGAAACCAACAAAGCGACACUUUAAAUCACAGACUGUCUUUGAUAUCAUUCCAUCAGAUGCAACCGACGCCGACAAAAAGACAGAGACACCGCUUCAAAAGUAUCAACGUUUACAAUUCGAAGUACAAUCAUUACGUGAUGAAGUACAAAUCAUUGCUGAUUCAAAUGGUGAAGUUGAACAAGGUAUUAAAGGUGUCGAGAUGGCACAUCAAUUGGCAGAGUUACAGAAUCAAUUAUCGUUAUUGCUUGACAAUGACAAGUUAAGACCAAUCUUGGAUGAGAAUAGACAAAUAUUACAUUAUUCACAAUUAGGUGGAGAUACAUCUAAAACAUUGAUCAAUGGUAUUAAAUCAUUCACAGAGAGCAGUGGAGAAACAGCUGACAACAAUAAAGAUAAAUCAGAUUCAGCGGCAGCGACUUCAGCAACAUCAGCAAAUCAUGUAAAAUAUGAACUCUAUUAUACCGGAGAUCAAGCUAAAUAUCAACAACUUCAACGUUUAACCGAUUUAGAUAAGAGAUUAGCUCAAUUAGAGACUCUUUUAGGAAAUAAAACUGAGUUAUCAAUUCCAUUGACUCAAUCGUUGGUAGAGAUCAAAGAGAAGUUGGCAUUGUUGGAUUCUAGUAAAUUGGAUGUUCUACAACAAAAGAUGAAGCUUGUCACCAAGCAGAUGGAGUCGGUCAAGGUACAGGAUGAGUCGGUUACCAAGUCGUUGACUACCAACGAGUCAAAGAUCAAUUCAAUCUAUGAACUCAUGAACAGAUGGGAUGUAAUCGGACAACAACUACCAACGGUUAUCAACAGACUUUAUACAUUGCGAUCACUACACGAAGAAGGACUAUCAUUUUCCAAUCACAUCACACAGCUUGACAAAGAACAGUCAAACAUUACAUCUUUAUUAAAGACUAACAGUACAGUAAUGAAUAAGAUGGAUGAAUCAUUCAAAUCAAACAUGCAAACUAUUCAAUUGAAUGUCGAAGCAUUAGAGAAGAGAAUUAACGAACUUACAAAGAAAUAA